AACACAAAGUGAAAAGAGAAACUGAUGUCGAUGAUACAUAAAUCCAAGUUUGAUCGAACCCAUUUUCAGUUCCACCCAAGUUUGAUGCUAGAACUGGCGAGUUUUACUCUUCAGUAGGUGCAGCUACAUUUGUCACGAGUUCUAUGGCUGGUAGUUGGUAAAUAGCUACAUUUGUCACGAGUUCUAUGGCUGGUAGUUGGUAAAUGGUAAAUGAAAGACACAAGGCCUAAAGAAACAAAGAGGGAAAUCAGCCUUGUAAGCACUUUGGUUUAUAUGAUUAACGGGUCACAUCAUAAUCGAAACAUAGAGAGAUCCCAACUUUCUUAAUGCCAAAUGGGGAAGUGGAUGGAGUUUACCUAAGUGCAGCCGGAAAUAAUUUUGGGGUAUCAGGGUUUUGGAACCCUAAAUCCCUAUCAGUGUUUCAGUAACGAGAUCACCACACCAUUGCCAUCCCUAGUCCAAACCUACUGAUUUUUAUGGAUUGGGCCUCAAACAAAAGCCCGUGUUGGCCCAAGACAUGACGUGCGAUACGCGUGAGAGGUGAGACGUCAGAGUUUGUCUUCACCAGCAUAUGCUAUAAAUAUCCCUAAAUCCCCAAUUGCCUCCAUUUCUAACAGUCUACUUUUCCCGCUCUCGUUUCCCGCUCCCCAAAACCCUAACCCGAACAACCAACCAAUGGGCCAGAAGAAAGCGCCCGCCGCCGACGACACUCUCGAGCCUAAGAAGCGCCGCCGCGUCGGCUUCUCCAGCGUCGAUGCUGGAGUGGAGGCCAAAGAUUGCAUCAAGAUUUACCUGGUUUCUAGCAAAGAAGAGGUGGGCGCUCCAAACAGUUUUUGUUUAGAUCCAGUUGACUUGAAUAAUUUUUUUGAGGAAGAUGGGAAGAUAUAUGGUUACAAAGGAUUGAAGAUUACCAUAUGGGUUAGCAGUAUAUCGUUUGAUGCAUAUGCUGAUAUUGCAUUUGAGAGCACAGCUGAUGGAGGCAAAGGGAUCACAGAUUUGAAAUCAGCUCUUGAGAAAGUUUUUGGUGAGACCCUUGUUGACAGUCAAGAAGAGUUCCUUCAAACCUUCUCAACUCAGAGAAAUUUCAUUAGAUCCAUUAUCUCAAAUGGGGAGGUGUUGCAGCACAAGGCUUCAUCUACUUCUGAUGUGGAGGUUAUUCGCAUGGUUGUGGGCAAGACAGCUGCUGGACCCCUCUACAGUCGCUUGAUUCCUCUUGUUUUUCUUCUUGUUGAUGGUGCCAGUCCAAUUGAUGUUUUGGAUCCAAGUUGGGAGUUGUAUCUCCUGGUCGAGAAGAAAACAGAUGAGCAAGGGGACAUCUACAAUAUAUUGCUUGGCUUUACAGCUCUGUAUCGUUUUUAUCAUUAUCCUGACAGUUCUCGGUUGCGACUUAGCCAGAUCCUGGUAUUGCCUCCUUACCAGCAUAAGGGUUAUGGACGGUACAUUCUAGAGGUUCUCAAUCAUGUUGCAGUAUCUGAAGACAUCUAUGACUUCACAGUAGAAGAACCAUUGGACUACUUUCAACAUGUACGCACUUGUGUUGAUGUACUACGCCUUCAGAAAUUAGAUUCUGUUCGCAAUGCAGUCAAUUUGGCUGUUUCAAAUCUGACACGAGGAAAACUGUCAAAGAAAACGAGCAUCCCUCGACUGAUGCCAACCGCAAGAGUCAUUGAGGAUGUGAGGAAAAGCUUGAAAAUCAACAAGAAACAAUUUCUUCAAUGUUGGGAGGUUUUCAUCUAUCUUGGCCUCGAUCCAGUGGACAAGUACAUGGAGGAUUUUGUGAGCAUUGUUUCUAAUCGCAUGAAGGAAGAUCUCAUCGGAAAAGAAUCUGGGACCGGUGGAAAGCAAGUAAUUGAAGUUCCAAGCGAAUACAUACCGGAGAUGUCAUUUGUUAUGUUCAAGUCCAAUGCUGGUGAAGCUACUAGUACUGUUCAGGUAGAUGAAAAUCAACCAAAUCAGGAGGAACAACUCCAGCAGCUAGUUGAUGAGAGAGUGAAUGAGAUCAAAUCAAUAGCAGAGAAAGUAUCUCAGCAUCUCACAAGCGUUGUCGAGUCAUCUUAAUUGAGUCCGAUUUUCGGUGCUCUUGCAUGUGAUACCUUAAUGCAAUCUGUAGGGUUAGAGUGGUUGGGACUUGGUAGGUUGCCGGAUACAGAGGCUUGCGUUGUAAUUGAGCUCUAUGCUUGUACUUCGUUAUUUUUGAAUACUUUUAAGAACUCUAUUACUUUCAAGAAAUUCAGCAGCUAAUGCCUUUCCUUUAAUUAA